CGCAUACAGAGAGGAACAGAGACACCACCGCUCCCGGGUUCGUACAAGCUAUGGCAUGCCUAAAUGCGUUCGUCGGCCUGGUCUUGUCUUGCUUCCUCUGAUCAUACAUAACACUCUACCACCCAUGCAUGCAUGCCUGGUCUCCCCUUCUCCAUACUUUGCCCCUACCUACCUAGUCAACGGAUGCUUCCAUCCUAGCCCCGAGCCCCUCGACCCAGACGACUUGCAGUCCAAGACGUCUCUCUCUUCCUAUAUUACUUUCAGACCUCGCUCGCCUUGGCACGUCAGUCCCGCGAACACCACCUUCUUCUCAUCUGGUCUUUCCUCCCCUUCCUCCUAUCAGUCGUCUCGCCUCAUCUGCCUCACUCCGAACAACUUAGGAACACACCAAAGCCGUUACUUGUUUUGUUUCAUUCGCUUGCGAGGUUUCCUGCCCACCAUUACCCUGCCGACCCUCUCCGCCCGGGUUCUUUUGCCCGUCUAACUUUCUGGCCGCCUCGCCGCUGCCUCUAAUAGCUCGGCUCCCCAGACUUCUUCACCCAGAAUUCUCAUAACCACUACCAGCCGUCUUAAUCUUUGACGGGCUUUGGAUAUCGGU